GCUCUAUUCGCGCUGACCUUAAGUGUAUUCGCUUCGCAGCCUAUUUCGUCUCCACCAUGCAGUAAAUGGAAAAUUAUCAUUAUCCUCUGCAAAAUAUUUUUGUUCAUAACCCUUUCUCAUGUAUCAUACCCCUUCCACAGGGAAACGAAAGUUCGUUUUUCAGUGUCCCUGUGCCCUUAUCGUCUCAACCCAAACGGGGGCCGCUUCUUCAAGAUCCAUCUACAACCUUCAAUCCACCAACAAGCAGUCCUUCAAAUGAUAUCAUACAAACGUCAUUAUGUGAAGUAAAUUUGGAUGAUGUCCCGAUGGAAAUUGUUACUUCCGAGGAAGACUCGGGAUCAGAAUAUGCUGAUGCUUUCCUCUCCGCAUACACAGAGUCCGAGGAUCCAGUUGUUCAGAACUGCUCAGCAGAAUUAGAUGAAAUUGAACUCAGAAGUCGUGCACUAAGGAGUAUGCUGCUCCAGAAAAAAACCACUUCAGGGAAUAGAACUCAACCGAAAACUGAUCUCACACUGCUCCAUAACUUACCUGAAGUCAGGAAUUCGUUUUCAAAAGUCACGGCAUCAUGUGAUUCAUCAACUUUAAAACAUAAGCAGAAAUUUAUAAUUACGUUACAUGAAUCAUCAGAUAGCGAUGACUCACUUAGUCAACCUGUCGGUGCUGUUUUCAAGGGUUCAACAGCAAAAAGAUGCGCUUCUAAGCCUCCUAUUAACAUGGAUAUUCCUAAUCAGUCAAAGAAAAUCAGUCGUUUUCAUCAAGAAGAAAAAAUGUUGUUGCAAAGAAAAAUGGAGCUUCUCCGACUGAAACUAACUGUUAAACGUCAACAACACUUGAUAGAUGAACGACGUAAAAUCGUUCGGAAGUUAUCGACCACGUUAUCAGAACUUCGUAGGCGCAGUAAGCAUACAGCUUUGUUGUAUAAAGAAGCUAGUAAGUCUCUUGUCAAGGCCCAACGUACAAAUGCUACUUAUCAGCGAAAACUGGCUUCAGCCCAAAAAUUAUAUUCAGAUGUGCUUAAUUCUGUAAACCGCUCCACUGCUGACAUAAUACAAACAGGUUUUGCUUUAUCAUCUGUAAAUCUACGCAGAGAUCUUAUUAUUUUGUCGCUAGAUGUUCUACAAAGAGCGAAAGUGGUUACGUGGUUUCUUGUUCACUAUCAUUUUAACCCAACUACAUCAAAGUUUAACAUGAAAAGUGUGAAGCCGGUGGCAACAGUAAAACCAAGUUCAGAAACCUUGCUGGAAUUCGAUCCAUUCCGCCCGAUUUGCCCAUUUUAUCUCGAUGGUGAAUGUCUAGACAAAACAUGUAUAUUUCAGCAUCCCAAAAAUUCAACUGUUAUAAAAGCAAAAUCGAAAACUUUUUCCCCUUUAUUCAUGGUUAGCACGGAUGUUGUGUCUCUGCUUGGUGAGGAAAAUAAAGGGAGAUAUGAUGACGUGUAUUGUGAAGUGUGCAAAGAAAAUUUGGUCAUGUCUGCAUCAGAUUUCUCUCAGUCAUCAGCAAUACAACGUUGGCAUACAGCUUAUCUUGCAUAUUUACGUUCAGAACCAAAAAGCUCGGCCUUCCUUCAUAAAUUCUCAAGCGACCUCGAAAAUUCCUCAUUCCCUGCAGAUUUAUGUGCCCAUAUAGUAUUCGGACUUUUGUUAUGUUCUAAUAUGGAUCCAAUAACAGUUAAGCAAAAGCUUUUUGAUUGCCUAAAAGCCUCCAGUUUUCCAUUGAAUGCUUGUAGAUUAGCAUUACGACAUCCCAAUUUAAGCAUACCAAUCCGCAGAUCAAUAAUUAAAUUGUCUCUUGAAUAUAUAACUCUUCAAUUCCAGCAAGAUGCACAAGCAAGUCAAGAAUCAAAUUUUGAGUCAUCUUUCGCGUACUUCGUUUAUCAGUGGUGUUUGCUUGAACAAGAACUUGGUUUACAUAACAAGGUAAUUACCAUCCUGAAACAUACUCUCAAAUCAUUACCUACGGAGAACAAGCUAAUUUAUUUCUUGUGGUGGUUACGAUUAUAUCACCAACUAAAUGGUACUUUACCCCAUGAAAACCUAUUUUCUACCGCCAAUUCACCAUGCUUCUCCAAACCAGUCCUCUUAUCUAACCUGGAAAUUAUUGAAAUGGCAGCCACUGAAACUGGUAUUUCUAAAAAUUUAUCUCAAUUACUGGAAUCAUUUGAAACAAUUAAAAAUGAUAUUAGCUUCACUUGCUUUCUGUAUAUCACUCAUUUAUACAUUCAAACUCUUAAUGCAGAUUCCAAAUUUAAAAGUGCAGCAGAUAUAGCACUGACAGUAGCAUUACAUUCCCCUGAGUUUGUAGAUGAUCUGUUUUUCCCAUCUGCAGUAUAUUCUUUAUUUUCCUUAGAUUCAUCUCUGGACUGGACAAGCUUGAUUAGUAAUGUGUCUGACAAAUUACGAGUCAACCUUAAUUUAGCCCAUCGAAUUGAAUUUGGAUUCUUGAUAACAUGUUUAAAUUGGCGUAGAAAAACAUUAAAUUCUACGGAGUUUCAUCUUAUUGAGUGUUUAGGCAAUUUAAUCUUUCUUCCAAAAGAUGAUUGCGAAAGUGUUAUUUCAGCGUAUGAAAAUUUGUUGAAUAUAAAGUCCAGUAAUAGCAGUCUUGUUAACUUUAAAGUGUGUCCACGAAGUUCCACAUAUUUAUGGCUCAGUUAUUGUCUGUAUACCACUAUCCAUUGCCUAAAUUACGGUGAAGUUUUAGACCACUUAAUUAGUCACUAUAAGUCAUGCAUCAUGAGUUGUGCAAACGAAGAUCCAAAUUAUGUUUUCAUUCGUCUUUUAGCCCUAAUGAGUCUCUUAUUAGCAAGUCAUGUGAAUCAGUUAGAUAGUUCAACUUAUCCUACUGUCAUAAAGUUACUGUUCAUCGAUAACCCUUUCAAGUUGGAUCGUAAGUUACUUCCAGCGUACUUUCUUGAGUUGAUUCAACAAAUUAACUUAGGUCUUCUUCCUUCUGGAAUUCGUCACGAUAUAUGUGUACAACUUGUUGAAAUAUAUGGUGCUUCUCUGGUUCCCUCUUUGUGUCGGACUUUGUGUGCUCUAGGUGACCACUUUUUAGCUCAAAGUCUGUGUGCAAUCGGAUGUUUAGAUAGACCUGAUAAUGAAGACUUCUGGCUUUUGUAUGCUUCGACAACAUUUAAAACUCUUUCACAUAUACGAUCAUCUGAACAGUUAUCAACUCUUCUAGAAAUUCUAAUAAAUGCAACUUCUGUGGUGACUUCAAGUUCUCGACUUUGGAAAUAUUAUGCACUUGCUGUUCGCAUUGCCAAGGUAUCAGUAGAGCAAAUAACGAGCCGUGCAAAGUCUGUUGGAAUGUAUGAUCUCAUUUCUAGUAGUCUGAACGAUGACAAUCCUACGAAAUUUUUAUCAGAACUUGGACUCCUCUGUGAUGAAAGAUCUAUGGACAGAAAAUGUUAGAAUUAAACCAUAAAAGUAAGUUAGUUUAGAAAAGUAAUAGUGUAACAUCCUUAUUUUCAAAGUUCACUUUGAUACUUUUAUAUCCAGCCUUUUAAUAGAAUGGUUCUAAUUUUAUUUAUCGUAUUUGUUCAACUAACCGUUUAUUUAUCUGCUCUUUGGUAGUUUACAACGUUUAUUUUUCUAGAACUUACUGCAGGCCAUUUCGUCAAGUUUAAUAGAGAGCCAACCAUUGUUAAUUUCUGGAAAAGUAGUCUAAUGUUUGGUUUGGUGAACAUUUGUUGAUACAGCAUUGAAUAACAAACGUAACCUAUCACUAGAGGACUUAGUUAAAAUAGUUUGAAACCUGUCACUAGCUUAGGUACAUUUAUUCUUUUAUUUUCUUUAAUCCCGAGAAAAACACUAUCACAUACUUCCUAUCCCCAAAUCUCAAUUGUCCCUUUUAAACUGUCUAAUAUGUGUAGUUUUCUGCAAAGAUAAGUAUUUUAAUUUUACUUCUCUGGUCUUAUCUUAGUAAAUGUAAUUUUUGAGGAUUUAGACUGACAUAAAUUUUGCCGAAUUACACACUUUUUACUUCUAUCUGUCAAUUAGAGUAAUACCAACCUAAUUUGUUGCUUCUGGAGAAAUGGGAUUUUUUAUAUCCAUUAGACAGUAUAGACUUUUUAUGGAGUGAUUCUCCAGAAUCUUCAGUUUAUGCUUACUGAAUUGUUACAAAUUUCCUGAGAUUCGCUACAAACAGCAUGUUAAUUACAGUGAAUUUAGGCACAUUGCUCAACACAAACUCACUAUUAGUGCUUGAUAAAUAAUGUCAGUUGAUGAACACAAUAUAAGUAUUGGAUUAAAUUUCUGAAAUAUUUUCGGAAUCCAGUACUCUUUGCUUCUGUCUGGCUGACAAUUGCUGGGACAGAUCGUUUUUGUAUGUUCAAACUUAUUUAUCCUGUUUUUGUAAUUCAUUGCUGUCUGGCUAAAUGUGACUGCAUAUUUUUGUCUGCACGUGUUUAAGCAGAUUUAAUAGCAACAUCACAUAAUUUCAACCUACCUUUGAUUAGACCUGGCUACUUUCAUACAUUUUCAUGUAUCUUGAAUGCGUAUAUAUUGCAGUGGUGACGUUUAUAAGAGAUAAAGACAGUGCUACAAAACAGUAAACACCUAAUCCUAAAAUUUUUAUGUGCUCCCCAACUCCAAAUUGUUGUUUUCGACAGUUUAUAGUCAGUCGAAUGUUUUUGCGUACCUUUCUAUGUCUUCUGUUAUUGUUUUCCAACCACUUUAGGAUUUCAUCUAUGUAUUGGCAUCAAGUAGUCUGUUCAUCAAUUCCAUCUAGGUUACUUUCCUAACGAAUUCCAUUUUGAAGCUAACUGAUAGGACAGAUGGAUAGUGGCUAGCAGUGGAAUCCAGGACGUGAGUUUCGUCCUAACAAAGCUUGUGAUCUAAGGCAGUAUCGAGGCAGUCCGCACAGGAUGCACGUAUGCCAAUGUGGGACUGAUUAAUUGCAGUCUUAAAUAACAAUGGGAAGAUACAAGUUAACAACAUCAAGUGAAUUUAUAACUGAUAGGAGGAUUCCUCAUGUUAUAACGCUCGGUCUUACUUUGUCUAAUGUUAUAACGGUUGGGUUUACACGUAUAGAACGUUAAUUUACCUUAGACGAAUAUCUACACUAGAUUCCCUCCCAGUGUCUAUUCUACAGGACUUCAACGCAACUCAGAUCAAGAACACAUGAUUAGCCUGACCACAACGUAAUGUAUUUCCACACCGAAACCCGACACAAUCAAACAACAAUGAACAAUCAAUAAUAAGUGAGUAAUAAUAAUGAGGAUAGGGGAAUAUAUAACUCAUCUGACAACUGUCAGACUAAGCAGACAACUAAUCAUUAUCAUUCUCGCCCACACAUCACCUCACUAAAGAGAAAUACAUUACACAUUGCCAUAAUAGUCUAGAGCGACAAAUAGCUGUCUAUUUUUAUUCACAAGGUAGAAAUUUAAGAUUUCGAAGUAAUGAUAUAGAUAAUAAUAAGAGACGAAACAUCUAGAUUGUUCCGAAACAACGAAUGAAAUCGGCAAGUAAAGUGUAAUGUUGACCCUCAAGAUUCAGUUGAUAAAUGCAUUUCUGUCACUGCGACUUAUAAUGUCUUUACUUAUCAUCAUGGUAAUUUCCUCUCCCUCUGUGCUAUGGUGUGACAACUUCGAACCGGUAAGUUUUCGUGUCAAUUCCUACACUGAAGGUGACUACGACCAUUAAAUGUUUAUGUCACACACCCCGAUCAGAAACUAUGCAUGUUCCUGGAUUAUUACACUUGAACUUCUAGUCUAAGCUUUUCUAGUUAAACUUUAGAUUCGGGAUUGUUUAAUAGAUAGUUGUUCUUGAAGAUUGUCUGAUUAGCUCUGCGUUCUGUGUAUGGGACCGGGUAUUUAGUGUCAUAGUUUUGGGUUUCUCACAUACUGCCAAAACAUAUCUGUCCUCACAAUCCAAGCAGUUGCAACGUAAUGGGACAAGCUGAACACUUCAGGUGUACAUGUAUCUCAUGGGCACAAAACGUUUCGACAUUUUCUGGGAUAGGUCAUUUGUUUUUAUUGAUAAUUUAAAAGAAGAAAACUGAAAUAAGGAAGAUCUGUUUUAUGCUUUCAUAACCGGUAGUAACAAGUGGAGUAUAGUUAUUGAUUUUGCUCAGAUUCUAUGACCGCAACUUAAAUUUCCUUCGUUAAUUUUAGGCAUUCAAUCAUCAUUACAAAAUUUUUUUCAGCCAAGUUAUUUUAAGUAAGUAUAGCUUUACCCAACUUUAUUGAUGAUGACGAUGUUAUUGUUGUUUCUUUUGUAGUUAUUGUGUUCAUAGUGAUAUUAUAGCAUUACAAAGGUUAUUUUUCAUUUAGUCAUUGUUCUGUAUAAAUUUUCAGGAGAGUCACAUACACAAAUAUUAAUGCUGGGAACAUUUUGUUCUGGUAAGUGCUAUCUGUAGAGUCCUAUAGACCAGUAUGAAGAUCACUUUCGGUCACAAAUUGUACAUUAAUUUAUAUAUGUAAAUAAAGUUCCAUUUGUAAACAGUUACUCAAAGUCUUGUUCUCAAUUUUCACGAUGAAGUGCCAUGUUUGUUUUUGUCCUUAAGAUGAAUAAACUUAAAAAUGAUAAUAUUGGUUUGAACUAACUUUCACAAGAGUCCCAUUAAUAAAGUGACAUGAAAAUACGUGACCAACUUUGCAGAUUUUUAACAGGAUUUCCUAAUUACAAAAAUUCA